ACCAAUUUGCCACUUUUCGGUUUUAUGUUUUAGAUUGUGCUAAUGGAGUUGAUCUAUUGUGCAAUAACGAAUGCAACCAAUUAUUUAUGAAGCUAGUCCUCGGCCACAGAAAUACUUAAAACUAUGAAAUUGUAGUUACUGACUUGAAUAAAAAUUUUGAAAACGCGGGAAUCUCUUUGAAAGAGGACCGUCAUGAAUAGAGAAGAGCUCGGGCUUAAAAAUUCAACGAAAUAUAUUUUGAAAUCUCGUCCUUAUUUUCACCCAGUAAGGGAAUUAUUAACGACUUCUAACUUCGGAGCAGCUGCUGGUAAUAGUCCGAUAUUAUGGUGCGUUCAGUCGAACUUAGAAAAGUGCAGUUUAAAACAGUCGAAACUCCGCAGUCUAUUAUCGAUGUCACACUUCACAUCAAAGGAGACGACGACGAACAUACUGCCGACCCGAAAUCAGAGUCGGCUUCGUCCUCGAGUAGGAGUAGCGACAUCACGGUCAGCUCGGCCGAGUUCAACGAAGAGGCGGCUAUUGGUAGCAAAGAGUUCGAGAUUGCAGAGGCGGCAGAGGGGAACAGGGAUAAGAAGGGGGGAGGAGUGGUCUACGGGGGAGUGAAGCCUCUGAGGGGGAGACUGCUGGCAUUUGUAUUCUGUAUUCUCGUCACCAUCAUACUCUCGCUAGUCAAGGCAGUUGACAUCGCUCCGGCUUCAAUUCUGGUGACUCGAAACAUAGUCCAGUUCCUGCUUCUAUCGGCCUACAACUGCUGGGCUAUGUCAUGUAUAACUGACAUCUUGAGACACCACUUCAAAAUCAUAUUCACUCGAGCACUUGUUGGGACUUUUGUUGUCACUAUUGUAUACUGUGUAUCCAAUUUCAUCUCACUCGCCAAACUGGGAAUCUUGAACCAACUGACGCCAGUUUUUACUACGAUAUUCGGAGUCCUGAUUCUAAAAGAGAAACCGACUUUCUCAGAAUCUGCCCUCAGUUGUCUAGCUAUUAUAGGCUCCUUUUUCGUGAUUCAACCUGAGUUUAUAUUCGAAAAAGCUGACGGCGAAGUUUCGGACAUUGUUGUGGUUUCGAAAUACGAGUAUAUUGCGAUGGGAACUUUGAUGUUGGCCGUGGCGGCGGAAGGCCUCGCGAUGGUUCUGAACCGAAAAGCGGGACGAAAGAACAUACCGUGUACUGUUCUAUUAUGGGCUCAAAGCGCAAUCGCGAUUCCAGUCGUAACUGGAAUGCACGUGUUUGUAUCGGCUGGCAAUUCUGUGUUCGGUGGUCUUAAAGAUUGCAGUAUCUUUGGAAUGUCGGCUCUGUGUGCGAUUUUGGUUCUCGGAUUUACGAAUCAGACUAUAUUUCUGUUUGCGAAUAAGUAUGAGAAGUCUUCAAUCGUGGCGGUGAUUGUGGCGUGUUGCAAGGUUGUCUUCUUCUUCAUCGCCGACUUUCUCUUCUUCCCAGACGAGAUGCAAUACAAUUACUUCCACUAUAUGGGUGGAGUGUUAAUUGUGGGUGCCAUUCUUGGACUCCUGAUUUCGAACCACUUUAGACAGAUCUCAUUCUCACACUGCAGCGAUACAUCAAAAACUGCAGAUUAGCACUGGUCCAAACAGGCUCUCGGUUAUCAAAUUUGGGUCAACAAAAACAACCACGUUUAAGGUCAACAAAAAUAGAUGUCUGUAUUAUCAACAAAAAAAAAUCAACUGAACAGAACUUGUAUUCGUGGCGAGAGAGUACUACACAUGUUCGAACAUCAUUUAAAUAGAAUGGAUUGAAAUUGGUGACUUGUCUUGACAUUGCUUGUAAUCUGAUUGAUAUAAACUGAACUGACUGAUUCAUUUAUCGUACAAUUGACUUGAAAUAGACUUAUUAAACUGUGAAUUAGUUAAGAUAAUAUUGUAAGUUCGACUGAAUCUAGGAGGCUUGUUUUUUUUUAAAUCAGAAUUUAAAAAAUUGUCAGAAUUGCAGAUUGUAAUAAUCAGACUUUUGAAAUGUUGAGUUACUUCAAGAAUAUAACUGUAAUUCUGAAACAAGUCAAUGAACUCAAGAAAACCGAAAACAAACUUCUUUAAAAUUUUGAAAAAAAUUCUCAAAAAAAUCACUUCGUGU